AUGUCGCGACAUCUCGUUCGUUCGUUCUUGCUGGCUACGGCCUUGAGUCCCUUGGUUAAUGCUGGACCCUGUCGACCUCAUCCCACUUCUGCUUCGAGUGUGGGUGAGAGCUCGACUCAGACCGUUUCUCCGUCUCUUGCUUCUUCGUCUGUUAUCCUGAUCGAUACCGAGACCGUCUCGCACUCGGAUAUGAUCUCUGAAGAUGCUGCUACCGGAACUGGAAGCUCGACCCUCCAAGAUGAUACGACCGUGACCUUCAGCGAAAUAUAUUCGGCUUCUACUGCAACCUCUGAGGAUGCUACGUUCAUCUCCAUUGAGACCACUGCCGAGUCUAGUGUGACUGAUACAACUGCUGCCACCCAAGCCAGUACCUCCUCGGCAGCUACUCAGGCAGCUCCAACUGAUACGACCGUAAACACCCAUGGGUCAGAGGCGUCGGCGACUGCAACAUCGGACGAGCUUACAGGUACUAUGACUGAUGCUGCCACGUCCAGUGCUGAGGCUACUUCGGAUACCACCUUGACUUCCAGUCAGACGGAUACUCCCACCACUGGAACCUCGGGCGACCUCACCACCACCGCCGAGACUGCCACUUUCCCAUCCACGACCGAGGCUACUUCAACAGCUUUAGAGACCUCCACAACUACAGCCGCUGUCUGUACCCCUACCCUUCUUAGCACCCCGCACGAAGGUGCUGUAUGCGGCAAGCAGGGCAAUCCAAGCUCUUUUACAGACUUUCUGCUCACCCUGACAGAAGAAGAGUUCACGGCGAGUAUCGGGAAAUGCUACGAGGCAUGCAAAGAUAACACAAACUGCGGCUCUUUCAUUUUCAUGCAGGGUGCCUUCUGUGAGCUGUGGAAGGGUGAACCCACUGGGCUCAACAAUGCCGAUACCCCCUACAAAUGGUAUAGCUUGGACUGCUUUUCCUGCGGCCCUGAUGAGACAGAGACCAACCCACCGGAAACCAAUGUACCGACUCAACCUGAAGGAGUGUGCGUGGACAAUCUUCUGAACCCGCCGCCCAAAGAUACUAUCUGUGGAGCGACAGGAAGUGGCGCUGGUGACUUCAUGUCUUUGCCUGGCGGCGGGUCUACAACCUCAUUGGACGCAUGCCGCAACGAUUGCGAGAACACGGAGAACUGCGACGCAAUCGCAUUCCACCAAGGAGCCUAUUGUGUGCUCUACAGCGGCCAUAUUACCGAGACAUACGGUGCGCCAACCGCUUGGAAGUAUUAUGACAUGUCUUGCUUCUGUGAGACAGAACCCAGCACUCCGACUGAGCCUGAGCCAAACAACCCAGCAGAACCUGAGCCUACCUGCAAGAACAACAUCAUCAAUCCUAUCCCUGACUAUCGUGUCUGCGGCCAACCAGGUCGGGCAGCUGGCUUGUAUCAUGAGGGCCCUGCGCCAGAGGGUUCCACCAAGUCGCUUCUGGCGUGUGCAAAGGCAUGCAUUAAUGGUCCUUGCAGAGCUUUCAGGUUCGAGGUUGACAAGGAAUGCGAGUUCUACGUAGGAACCGGAUUGAACACACCAGACGGCACGGAACAGAGCUACAGGUGGUAUCAGCCGGAAUGCUUUUGCGAUCUUGAAGAAGAUGAACCGAGCGAUCCUGAGAUCACGCCCGCACCUGAGGUCACACCCACACCUGAAAUCACGCCCACACCCGAGGCGCCGACGGACGAUGUCUGUAUCGGCGAGCCCUUAGACUCCUUGCCCAAAGACACGGUGUGUGGUAAAAAGGGUUCUGUUCCAGCACAAUACAAGAGUAACGAACGUAUCAAAACAGCCGGAACUUUGGCAGAAUGCUACAAGGCAUGCAAAGCAGCGGGGGAUUGUGAUCUUAUCGAAUUCCUGCCGUCGUCGACUUGUAAGCUUUACAAAAUCCAAGGCCAGUUCUCGGACUCGGCCGUGCAGUUCACAGGAAGUGUGAUCGAGUGGUGGCAGCCAAGUUGCUUCUGCGACGACGAGCCUAAGGAAGAAGAACCAGUUCCUGUGUGCAGAGGAGAGCCCAAGAACCCCUUGCCAACGAACACCAUAUGCGACAUGAAAGGCCUUAUCAACUCCAACUUCAUUGGUGAGAGGGGAAAGCCGACUGCUGCAACCCCGACCGAAUGCAACAAGGCGUGUAAAGCUAACUCCAGCUGUCACCUUUUCAAAUUCACUGAGUCUGGACAGUGUAUCUUGUACCAGAAGGGUUAUCAAUUUGGGCCCAGUGCAGUUGAGAGCUACAUCAACACCGACUACAAGUGGUGGGAGCCAAGCUGCUUCUGUGAACCAGAUGUGUCACAAGCAAACCCCGAGUAG